ACGUAGUUUUUAAGUGAGGUGAAACUUGGAGUACACAUGGCAAAUCAAACUCCUGAAAGGGUACAGCAGUCUGGAAAGGUUGAGAGCUGCUGAUGUGGACCUCCGGUCCGUGGCAGGCUCUAGUGGUGAAGAUUCAUGCCCUAGUUUGCCAUGAGCUAUUUGUUUGUGUGUGUGCCUCAGUGCUGUAUUUCUAGUUCCAUUUGUGUUGUGUAACACAGUGCCUCACAGGCAGGCAUGUUUCAUGAACUAUGUCCCAUCUGUCAGUUAUGAGCUAUUGUGUGCAUUUAAUCACAGGCCACUCAACUGUCGCCAAACUAGCUGGUAAGUAACUAUGACAAUCAGCUUCCCCCAGACCUGGGGAUUAUUUGCUGAACUUCUCUGGCCUGUGUUAUGCAGGAGGUCGAGAUCACAAUGGUUCUAUCUGGCUUGGAGUGUCUGACUCCAGCGAUGGUGCACAAUACUUAGAAUUUGGAAUCCUAGUGCUCAGUUGCUAGAAUAGCUGCUUUCCAUGGCUGCUGUGUAUCUGAAAGAGAAGUGAUUCGGGACGGUGGCACCUGGAGUUAACUAGGCAGUAUAAAAAGUCCAGUUUCUAGCACGAAGUACUUGCAAAGCCAUGUAGCCAGAAGGAUAAACACCAUCUCUGGAGCAUGAAUAAUCUAAAACUACAUCUAGUCACGUUGAUGUAAAUAAAAAACGUGUAACCUCUAAUAGCUAGCGCCAGCCGCUUCUUGUGUUCUGGCAAGCUGUACAGGACCCACAAUAGUGCUUACUCCUAUUUUAAUUUUGUUCUCAGCGGAUCAGUGCACCAGCUUCUCUUCUGGAGAGCUGGCUAAAAAGUUGAUGGUCAUAUGUGGAUAGCGGCUCCACGCUUCAUGGCUCAUUGUUCGCCUCACAUGGCAAAACUGUCAGGCUCUUGCAGAGAGAGGCCCUCGGCUAAGUCACUGCCUCUCUGAGAAGUCACUGGUUAUGUGUGCGAAGGGUGCUUGGCAAAGCAGCUCCCUGGUGGUGGUUUGCAUGAGCGGUGUCAGGAAGGAAGUCUGUGUGCGUGUGUGUGUGUGCGCGCGUACGUGCAGCACAAGUGCAGGAGUUAGGCUAUGUUCCUAAGGAAAGAGCGUGGGCAGUGGGCUGUGAACAGCUGCUAUUUGAGCACCGAUGGUACUUCUGAAAUCUCUGAGGAAAUGUGGUCCCUGCCCCAGGGAGCCUGCAGCCUAGUGCAGACUUGAAAUCGCCCAGUUGAUGGACCUGGCUCAAUGCAGGGCAAUUCUGGUUGGGAAGGAAUGCGUUAUAAUCAGCCCUGCCCCUCUGGGCAGACUGGGAUUCUCUGGAAACUUGAUCUGGGUGGAGUUCCGCUCCAGGCUCUUAAUUAGCUCUAGAGUAGAGACAGAGCUGAUUGCCUUGUUCCACUCACACAUCAGUACCAAUCAUUAGCAGUUCUCCAGCGCUUCUGUACUGGCCCAACGCUAGUCAGUCCUGACACCGUUCUGUGAAGCAGGGAGUGAAAUCCCUGGUGUACGGGGGAAACUGAAGCAAACAAGGGCCUGCCUUUCAGUGGUGCUGAGUGCCCAGAAUUCCAGUUGAAGUUAAUGGAGCUGUGGUUGCUCAGCACUUCUGACAGUCAAGCCCCAGGCCUCGAGGGAACCUGUCAGUGUCCAGCCAGGGAGGCGCGGUGCUGUGCUCCGACCACGAGAGCUGCCUGCGGAGAGCUGUGAUGUGAUGGGUGGAGGUGUACUGUUACCAGCUGUGCUCGCCAGACUGUGGGUGAGUGCGUCAGCGCCGCCAGCCGCAGAGACCCAGGCCUGUAGUGUACAUGGAGAGCUCUCCUGGCUUCUGUGCCUAGAUCUGCACCUGGGGGUGCUCCAGAAAUACUGUGGAGAGAAUCCCGUGGCCUCUAAUGCUGGAGCCAGGUGGAAAUCCCCUUCCAGCCUGAUAGGCCUGGUCGCUGUGUGCAGCCAAGCGUCAUGUGCUGCCUUGUGCCUUUUUGCCCCCUCCUCUGCCCCUUCUCCACAGACCCUCCAGGCGACUGGAGCCAGCCUUGCUGCUGCCCUUCAGAGGCACCUGACUUCUUGCAGCAGUUCACUGGUAACGUUUUUAUCCCUGGUUCAGAGGCAUCUCCUGGAACCAGCAUGAACAGGAUUUUGUGUUCUCAGAGGGCAGCUCCAUCUACUAGGUUGUUGUAUGAUAUGAAAAGAGGGAACUUACAAUCACAGAUGCAGAAGACAGGGCUCCUUGGAAAUCCAGAGACAGGUGGGAGGCGAUUCCUAGUGGGAGGGGCGCAUGUGUCCCACACGUGGGUGCCCAUUCUUUUGCAGUGUUAGGAUCACUUCUUGUGGGUCUGCAUGCUGCAGGUAGAUUGCAAACACCACUGGGCCCCAGGGAGUUCCAUGUGCUAAACGUCAGUUUCACAGACAACAACAGGGUGGAGGAAUCAACCUUGAGCAAAAGGUGGAAGAGUUUGUCCCAGCCAGGGGAAUCUUGCAGCUUGCUUUGCAGGGGCUCAUGCUGACGUUUUCUUUUGCUCUGUUUUUAGUGUUAUGCUCAAAGGAGCCUAAUUUUCAAAGCAGAGCUCGUUCAGGAUUGCAGAUGACCUCAGUCAAAGCCGUACACUGGGCUCAGGUAUUCAUCGGCCAUCUGUAUUUCUGAGCAAAGAUCGGCCAACGGCAAAAUGAAUUUACCAGGGAAAGAUGCGCACCGGCUUGGCUGCUUACUAACUGGAAGCUGAAGGUCUCUUAGCCUCUGUGCAGAGGAACAGAAUGCGGGUCACCAUGAGGCGAGUGUUGCUGGGGCUUGGCUUUGCUGUUGCCCUGAUGGUGACUGUGCACCUUGGCCAGCAGAUGUUGGAGUGCCAGGAGCUGCUGGGCAGGGGCUAUGGCAAGCGGACGCAUGGGCUGAUGAGACCAGAAAACGAAGAACUGGUUAUGGUGGACUCCAGUCACAUUGAGUACCGGUACAGCAAGGAGAUGCCGCUGAUCUUUAUUGGUGGGGUUCCGCGGAGCGGCACGACUCUCAUGAGAGCCAUGCUGGAUGCGCAUCCAGAGGUCCGCUGUGGAGAAGAGACUCGCAUUAUUCCCCGGGUGCUGGCCAUGCGCCAGGCCUGGUCCAAAUCUGGGCGCGAAAAGAUGCGCUUGGAUGAAGCUGGAGUGACGGACCAAGUCCUGGACUCUGCCAUGCAGGCUUUUAUCCUGGAAGUCAUCGCCAAGCAUGGGGAGCCAGCCAGAUAUCUAUGUAACAAGGACCCCUUCACAUUAAAAUCCUCUGUCUACCUUUCCAGACUCUUUCCCAAUUCCAAAUUUCUGCUGAUGGUUCGAGAUGGCCGGGCUUCUGUCCAUUCCAUGAUCACAAGGAAGGUAACGAUUGCAGGCUUUGACUUGAACAGCUACCGAGACUGCCUUACCAAGUGGAACAAAGCGAUCGAGGUGAUGUAUUCCCAGUGCGCAGAGAUUGGGCAGUCCAGGUGCCUGCCCGUCUACUAUGAGCAGCUGGUGCUGCACCCUGAGCAGUCCAUGCGUGUCAUCAUGCAGUUCCUAGACAUUUCCUGGAGCGACGCAGUGCUGCACCAUGAAGAGUUAAUAGGGAAACCAGGUGGAGUCUCCCUUUCCAAGAUAGAAAGAUCAACAGACCAGGUUAUUAAGCCUGUAAACUUGGAAGCUUUGUCUAAAUGGAUCGGGCACAUUCCAGGGGACGUAUUGCAAGACAUGGCCCAGAUAGCACCAAUGCUCGCUAGGCUUGGCUAUGACCCAUACGCAAAUCCACCCAACUAUGGCAACCCAGACCCCUUGGUAAUCAACAACACCCAGAGGGUUAUGAAGGGGGAUUUUAAAACACCAGCCAAUCUGAAAGGGCAUCUUCAGGUGACUCAGAAUACGUCUGCUUCUCACUGAAAAUUAAUGAUUUCCAGGAUGUUGCAAGUGGCCUUUCAUUGCCCAGCAGAGAAGGAAUUUGCAAAUGCAGAAGUGGAAAUCUGUUAUCCAAGCAUAUUGCUUGCUACUAAUAUUGCCAAAAUGUGACUGCUGUACCAAGAAUGUAUUUGCAUUUAUUUGCAAAGGUCAGACAUUUCACACUUCAAGUACCAGUUGUCUACCUUUUCCGAACACUAUGUGGUAAAGAGAAAAAUCUGUGGAAAUGAAUUUUCGGACUGAACCUUAGAAGUGCAUUGGAAAGAGAUUUUAUAUUCAGUUACUUGAGAACUUUUUAAAGUUGCAUUAAAAUUGUCUUGUAAUUUUGUUCUCUAAUUUGAAACCAGAAAUAGGUGUAAUAACCGCAUAGAGCCUUUGUUGUACAAGUGACAAUCGGAGACCUGCUGUCUAUCAUUCCUUCACUGGUAACGUACAGAAUCUAUUGAAGAGUUAAUAUAUGAGGCUGUUCUGUUUCA